GAGUUCCCAUAGUGAUUUCACAGUCUGAUACUGCUUCACAUUGGCUGUUUGGACAGUGUGUCUGAAAUUGCCAUCGCUUCAUUUGAACAUCAUGCACUUGGCUUUGGGAGAUGAUUGCUUUCAUAGAGCUUUUAAAUCUAAAUGAUAUGCCUGGUCUCAUGAUAGAUCCUCUGGUUUAGUGAUGACCUGUUAUGCCCUUUUUUAUGAGCAAUAUCUUGUUGAUUAUUCCCUUUCGCCUGGAGGUGUUUCAACAGCAAAGGGCAAAGCUACAGUGACUCACACCAUUACCUUCCCCCUCUAUUCUUCCUACACACCCAGAUAAAUAGUGUGCUCUCUUGGUAACCAAAUUAGUUGAAGCUACCUGGAAAAGUAGCCUUGGCAUAUUCAUAAUACAGGUGAAUGCAUAUUCGAUAGGACUGUGUGCAUGCAGUGAGUUUUUCUUCCUGUAGCCCCAUGACAUCAGCCAAAACAAUCUGUUUUCCUUCCAUUUGGGACUUAUUAUACUGAUCAACUACAUUUGCAAAGAAGAAGCAAUCUUUUAUAAAAGUGUGCGUUGUCUCCUUUAAGACACAUGAUUUCUCUCAGACACACACAGAGUCAGUUCGACGCUUGAGUAAAGUAGUGAUGGGAAGUUCGGCUCUUUUUAAAGACUCUGAUCUUUGACUCGUUCAGUCAAAAUAAUGAAUCUUUUGGCUCAUUUCAUUCAUUUGAAUCAGUAAUUCCCAGAACAUGCAGGACCCCCUACCAGCGAACAAUGAACUGAAAACUCGAGAUAUUCAUAGUUCUACAAGCCUCUCGUUCACAUGUCGUUCACCAUAAGGGGCUUAUUGGCGCUGUCAUUUGUGACAGGCUUGUAAAAAGUGUGUGUGUUUUGGUUCUACAAAGCUGCCCAUAACAUUCAAUAAUCAAUUAAUUGCAUUCUAGCACCAUGCGAUCAAUUAUCAGUACUUAACAUGUCUUUUUCAGUAUGCUACCUGCAACAUGAUUUAUUUUCCUGCAAGCAUAUGACAGACAGCUGUUGGUCGGCGCACGUCUCCUGAGCCGGAGGAGCCUGUAGAAUUCAUUGUGGCCAGCCAGCAGGUCAAAUGAGCGACUAAUAUUAACGAGUCACUCAGCAAAACUAAUCAUGACUCUCGAGUCCGUAAUAAGUUGUUCUAAAAUAACGAAUUGUUGACGAACUGCAUCAUUGACUGGGAGAGACUUGAGGUGGGGGGGACUAAAAGCGUCCGCAUGCUUCCCAAAAACAGUUCGCUAGAGUUUGUGCAUAUAUUAUGACAUCAUUUAGACUUUUUUGUUUUCUGGAAGCAAGCCGAAGUUGGUAGCGGAAGUCUUCUCCCCUUCGUCUGUGAUUGGUCAACAGUAGGGAUACUUUAAUAGAUUUUGUUUUCAUGCAAAACAUUUCAUUGAGAUACUGCACCAGACAUCUUAGUCACGCGUCUUUACAUCCAACUAAGAUCUCUGCAAUGACAACUUAAGAAAUCUAACUUGAUAUUCAUUCUGACCUUUUUUGAGGAAGUGGAUACUGGCUACGGCGUCUCAAAAUGGACAAACGGUACUAUUGCUGCUUUCCCCCCCCUCCCCUCGUUUUUCAAGCGAAGGUCUUUUUAAUUGAAUAUGCGAUCACACUCGUUCGGUUCAGCUAGGCGCCUGCCGAACUGAAGCAUGUUGACGCCUUAUGUGAAUGUCACAAAUCUUUAUUCAAUCCGCAAUAUUUUGCAUUAUCGUUAGCAUAUUAUCACAAGGUCACUAGGGGUGUGAAUUGAUGUGGACUUCAGCUGUAAGCUACCAAGGAAAGGUAGCGUACAAAGCUGGUUGCUACCGGUGUUUUCUAGCCUGUGUGGACAUUGUUUUGCAAACACUAAUGAAUAUUUUCUACAUGCCACAUUGCAUUAUUCAAGUGUGUUAACUUCUGUGCAGAAUGAGUGGAGUGCUUUACAUGAUGCAGCCCAGACUCCCAGUGGUUCCUCAGGACAGGUUAGAGCUAGCAAUGGUUUAGAGUCACGGCACUGCUCUCGUGCUAUAAGGGAAUAUCGGCUGCGCUGAUAGACUUGAUCUUCUCUCAAUCAGUAGACGACGUGAGACAUUUGACAGAGUACUGAAAGCUACAAAAAUUUGUAUGGAAUCGUUUUUCAUGUUCUAGUAUCGAGAAAGUACAGAAGUUUGGGUAUACGUGCAGCGCUGCAGGUGAAUAUGCUAAAAGCCUGUCUAUCUCCAAAUCUUUCAUUCCACCAUCUGGCCUAAAGCCGCCGGCUGAGGUUUUUAGGUCUCUAUCAGCCAGGGAGAGAAGGAAGCUGGGCUGCUCUACUCAGAUUAGCAUGGAAGGCUUCUAGAGAAUGCCAGAUGAAUGUAUGACCAUGACUGAGGCCUGGUGACUCAUGAUAACCUUGGUCAAAUUCCACAGCUGAUUGUGGUUCCUCCACUCUCUGUGACACCUUUGUCAUUACUGGAGCUAACAGAAUACUCAGCAGUAGUUCUAUCACUCUCGAAUGGAAUCUCUCUCCAGAAACAAUGUAGAGCAUUUCUCUCUGUAAUGGAUGAGUUAGCCAUUAUUUUUCCUGGCAGUGAAAAUAUGGGCCACCAAGGGGGCACUGUCUGUGUGCUGGCUGUGACCCAGUGAUGGAGCUUUAGGGUCACACACAGAGCUGACAAUGGCAUUCUGUCCCCCUACUGCACACACACGGAGCGCUCUGACAUCACAUCAGCAGUCCUCUGCAAAGAGAACCUGCCCUGCCUGCCUGCCCUGUGCCAAACGGGUACAUUGCCUUAGCAGAGCAGAGGCUAAGCUGGAGCGCCAACAAAAGAUGAAACUAUUGACCUGUGACUUAAUCCUUUAAUCCCUGCUAUCCUGUGGUGUUGUGCAACCUGAAAUGCAGAGGAUUUAUCGUUCUGGGGAAAGGGCAUGGUUUUAUGAUGGUGACCCGGCCACCCCCUCUGCGAUGUGCCAUGAAUGCCCAUCAUGCUCUUGGUGUGUGUGCUCAAGCUUUAUGUUAGACAUACACUGCUGCAGUCUGUUCUAUACUAUGUUAUUGUGUGCUGUGCUGCAUGCGUUUUCCAUUGGACACUGGGCUGUGUCAUCUCAUGUACAGUACGGCCUUUUGAGCAUUUAAAGAGGGAGGGGAGGGAGCUUGCGGGCGGUGCCUGGAUGGAGGUGCAGUAAAACGCUGGACGUCCACGAGUCAAAGAGCAGCUCUUCAACAGCAACCAGCUCCAUCAGGCAGUUUCACUCAGAGACAGCUAGAUCGCUGAAGCCCUGAGCUGGGGGAGCCCUGUCCUCAGCCUCCACUCAACUCACCUGGCUUGCAUUUUACCCAUCAACUCCCUUCUUACCACGCAGACUCGCCGCAGCCCAGCCUGUCGUCACUAUGACGUCGGAGCUGGAGAGUAGUCUGACCUCCAUGGAUUGGCUGCCUCAGCUGACCAUGCGGGCAGCCAUCCAGAAGGCUGAUGCCCAGGGGCACCACGGGGGGCCGGGCAUGGCCAAGAAGAGUGCAAUGCUGGACCCCAACACCACUCUGGACCAGGAGGAGGUCCAGCAGCACAAAGACGGCAAGCCGCCCUACAGCUACGCCAGCCUCAUCACCUUCGCCAUCAACAGCUCGCCUAAGAAGAAGAUGACCCUGAGUGAAAUCUACCAGUGGAUCUGUGACAACUUCCCCUACUACCGGGAGGCAGGCAGCGGCUGGAAGAACUCAAUACGGCACAAUCUGUCAUUGAACAAGUGUUUUCUCAAAGUGCCUCGCUCCAAAGAUGACCCAGGAAAGGGCUCCUACUGGGCCAUCGACACCAACCCAAAGGAGGACGCCCUGCCCACACGGCCAAAGAAGAGGCCGCGGUCCGGAGAGCGGGCUUCCACACCGUACACCCUGGAGUCGGAGUCUUUGGGAAUGGACUGUAUGAUCUCUGGAAGUGCCUCUCCAACUCUGGCAAUCAACACUGUGACUAACAAGGUGGCAUUAUACAACCCAGACCAGGAUGGGAGUGACAGCCCAAGAAGCAGCCUUAACAACAGCCUGUCUGACCAGAGUCUGGCCUCCGUCAAUUUAAACAGUGUGGGCAGCGUGCACAGCUACACGCCGGUGACUAACCACCCAGAGCCGGUGUCUCAGUCGAUGAGCCUCCAGCAGCCCCUCCAGCCCCAGUACAACAUGCCAGAGAGGGACAAGCAGCUCCUCUUCUCCGACUUUGAAGAUCUCAGUGCCUCCUUCCGCAGCCUUUACAAGUCUGUCUUUGGGCAGUCCUUCAGCCAACAGGGUUUGAUGGGCAUGCCAACGGAAUCGUCCCAACAGACCCACACCUCCUGCUCCUAUCAGCACUCACCCAGUGGCACCAUUAGCACCCAGAACAGCCUGACAAACAACCACUCCAGCAGUGGUGGCCAGGUGCCCCUGUCCCACCCUCCCCAGCUCCCUGGCCAGAACGCCCACCCGGGCCAUGGCUCGCCCCACACACAGCACCUCUCCCAGCACGGCCCACACAACCAACACACCCAGCACCAACACCCACAGCACCCCCAUCACCCUGCACACUCCCAGCAUGGUCCGCACCCAUCACAGCACACGCCGCACCCCUCCCAACACGCACAGCACACCCAGCACCCCUCCCAACACUCACAGCAGCACGGCCAGCACCCCUCCCAGCAGCAGCAUCAGACUCUGGCUCACCAGCCCCAUCCUGCCCAGCAACAGAUGGCCUGCAACACGGGUCUGCCCUCUGACUGGUACCCAAAUCUGGACGCACUGAAAGAGAGCUGCCGUAUUGCCAGCAGUUAUAACUGGGCUGAUGUCGACCUCUCACCUUUUCAAGGACUGAAGGAGAGCAUGAGACUAGCAGAGCAGAACAACUGGGCCCUGGAGCCCACACAGAUCGCAGAUCUCUGCUCAUCUAUCAACCAGUUCUUUGCCCGCACCGGUGUCAUUCAGCCACAGGGGGCAGUGCAGCCCGUACCCGUAUGCCAUGGCUCCAUGCACCCCAACAAGCCCAGCCAGCACAUGGCCACAGGAAAUCUCUACAUGGACUCAAGACAGAGCAUGUCUAUGAUGGGCCCCCCAGGAUACCCCCACAUGCCCCCAAUGAGCAGCGCAGGUCCCACAAUGACAGGACACCAUGCGCAGAUGAACCAGCAGCACAUGAUCUCUCCCAGAAACUUCCAGAUGCACCGCAUGCCAGCUGAUGACAUCCAGGAUGACUUUGACUGGGACUCCAUUGUCUAAUGUUAGAUGUUCUGCCCCUAACAAGGAACGGUCAGGUGGUGCAGAGCAGGUGGAAGUAGGAGGAAGAAGCCAGGCUGAGCUGUACGCUCUAGCGAGGAGACUGACUGUUGCUGGUGGGAUACAGAACAGAAGAGCAGGUGUUGUUUUGGGAGGAUAGAGGGAGAGACUUCAGAGUGCUGCCAUUUUUACAAACAAAAUGAAACAUACAAAAUAAAUGUUACUUUGAAGACAAUCAUAUUUACUAGGACAUGUUUAAGUGGUGGCUUAUGUGCUUGUCUUGACCAGGCAAGUAGCACACGUUCAUGUCGAAACAAAUCCUCCAGUCCUCGUUCCUCAGCCAGCCCUCUCCCAUCCCCCUCCCAGCCAGCAGCUUUCCAAAGUUCCCCCAGCUCCCUCCGUAACUGUUGUGUGAUUUGAGCGACUUGUUCCGCUUGUUAUCCUUCUCGUGUUGACUUUAGGCCUCGGCUGCCUCUUGGAUGAGUUUCUCUCUUUAUUCCUUCUUAUUUUAUGGAAAACGCAGGCCGCCUGUGGUGCUUGUUGGUUUGCUUUGGGUGGACGAUGGAACCCCAAUAGUGGGUGUAUUGGUAGGAAGGUUAGGAUCCGCAAUAGUGGGUGUAUUGGUAGGAAGGUUAGGAUCCCCAAUAGUGGGUGUAUUGGUAGGAAGGUUAGGAUCCCCAAUAGUGGGUGUAUUGGUAGGAAGGUUAGGAUCCCCAAUAGUGGGUGUAUUGGUAGGAAGGUUAGGAUCCCCAAUAGUGGGUGUAUUGGUAGGAAGGUUAGGAUCCCCAAUAGUGGGUGUAUUGGUAGGAAGGUUAGGAUCCCCAAUAGUGGGUGUAUUGGUAGGAAGGUUUACAAUAACUGAGGUUAUGUUUUGAACAGGGUGUUUUGCAUUGAACUAGGCUUCACAUAAAGAACACAAAUACUUUAUCAUAGAGCGUUGUCCUUUAACCAACACAUCUGGCCCAUUUUUUUAAGCUAAUUGUGUACAUUCAGAAACAUUACCGGCAGUAUUUGUUGUGGUUUUGUGUCUAUUCUGUUAACAAUGUCAUACCUUUAUCUCUUUAUCUCCAAGACUGAAACUGGUAGAUGAAUUCCAGACCUCAUCAGACCUCAUCACCUCAUAAUUUCCCUGUACUAGUGUAUUAAGGGAAUAGUUUGUAGUUAAUACACAAAAUGAAUGAGUACAAGUAUACACCUGUAGGUGUCUUUUCAUAUAUUAAACUCUGUGUACAUGCAGCACAAUGAACUGUGGGAUAUUUUCCUGUUAUCUUAUGAUGCAGGAAAUGUACUGAUAUAACUUAAUUACUACAAACAAUAGGAAUGUUCUUCAUUCAGAUGCUAUACGUCCGAAGUCAUCAGAACUGAUCUCCCAAAUAUCUUCUUGGUUGUGACCAUCAGACUUACACUGCAAGGCAUAAAAUAUGCUGAAAUACCAUAUAAAAAGGGAACGAGGUGUGUGUUUGCCCUAAAAUUACAAUAAUCUGCAUAUGCUAUCAACGAGCACAAAACAGAUGCAGAAAAAAGAGAUGAAAGCAAGGGUUCAAGGCAGAUGUGCAUUUUGCAGGCAGGGUUUCUUAUGUAGAGAAAUGAGCUCUGUCUGAUCAACAGCCAGGUGGAGGAUGGGAGACUAGAGGUUCUGGAAACACUCCUGUCCUCUCUGUCCCUCUUUGUCGUCUUAAUCAGACUGGCCCUGAACUUCCAUCAUGGUGCUGCGUUAAACCUGUAUGGGAGCUUUGUCUGGGUAGAGCACAGUUCAUCUUCCCUUUUUAAUUUGUUCCUCCACUAUUGGCCCUUAGAUAAACUAAAUCUUUGGCUGGAUUUUGUUUUACUCCAUUUCUGAAAAUCAUGACAUUGUUUUGUAAUAUCACAUAAACACCGCUGGGGCCAGACACCAAUAUGUCUCUUGUGACAGUGUACAUGUGUAGAUACUGAACCGCCAUUGUCCUUUUGAAACAGGAGGCAGAAGACAAGAAGGGAAGCUUGGCUGGAGCUAGUGCUAGCUCUUCUCACAGCUAGCUAUACUGCCAAGCAUAUCUGCAAGGUUUCACAGAUCUUUUAGCAGCCAGUUCGUUAAUACUGCCCAUUGUUUUGAUCUUAAAUGUUUUUUUCUUUCUUUUCCUCCAUCUUUUUCCUUUUCUUACUUCUGCCUCUUUUACCUGUACCGGAUUUUCGGUUAGAUUCCCAAAUGUUCAUUGUAUUUGAAAGCGUUGUGUGUGGCUGAUUGUCCUGCCUGUGGAUACCCAUUGAGUGUUUAGUCUUUGUUUAAUGGCCAAAAUCAGUCAGUCAGUCAGUCAGUCAGCCAGCCAGCCAUUUAAAGCACAGUCUGAUUGCUCAUUCAGUUAAAAAGCCAAGAUCACUUAAGAUUGUCAAUCAUUGAGCCCUUCAUUAGUGAAGGAGGACUACUUUAUGGAGAAAAGAUCAGUGUAGUGCUUUUUAAUUGACCAUUUGAUUGCUAGUUGAAGUCAGUGUGGGUGCUGCAGACUCUGGGACUCACCUAAGGAAUGGGUGUUUUGAGGAACACAGUGAGAAUAUGGAUAUAAAAGUGAUAGGGAAGUCUUGGCAGCCCAUGGUUUUGUAUGUUGCAUUUCAUCACUGGUAAUGAUGAAGGCACUAAUGAAAAACUCUCGGACAGCCUUAGGGUAUGUAGUAAAUCCACCCCCACAGCUCAGAGGAGAUGGGAUGGGCUGGAAAGAGCUCAUGGAUGUGAUCAGAGGUAAAGAGGAAGGGAAAGACGAUGACUGGAUCACCCUCUUAACUGUGUGUGUGUGCUUGUGUGUCUGUGUGCGAGUGAGUACAUUUUGUUUAAAAAGACCAUUCAAUUUUUUAAAUACUGCUGGAGAUGUACCUGCCAGAGAGAUUACUAUGAUAUGAAAAAAGAAAAUCAGCCUUGUUCGCUUGUUACAUUAUGGAGAAAACUGCCAAGAAGUACUGCUGAUUGAGGCCUAUUUUAUUCAGUGCUGGUGUGUUGUUGUGCUUCUUGUAAAUAAAUGUCUUUUCAAUCAUCCCUUUUUCCUCUUGGGGGCGGGGCAUCAAGGCAAGGGGUUGGUCUUACUCAUCAGAGGGAAAAGAAUAGAGUAUUUUGUUAAUGUCCAAUCAGAGGGUGAGACCGUAUGUGUAUAUAUCUAUAUUGUAUAUAUGUGAUGAAAAUGUGUUGGCUUUUUGUGACACUACCUUUUACCUGUACUAUGGUUCUACAUUCAGUGUUUCAAUGUUGAUAAUAUAUAUUUUAUGUUUUUCAGUUUUUGAUUUUGUCUUUGUCAUUUCUUGUAUUUGUUUUCUUUUCUCCUUUUUGUCCUCUUGGUUAUUGCACGGUUUAUUACUUUUGCUGUCCAAUGAGGUGAUACAGCUACUCUUUGUAUUGGUUUAGUGCUGUAAAAUAACUUGUUAUUAGAGUUGUCGAUACCACCCCCAUCCCCAAUAUGCAUGAAUGGCACUUAAACAAAUAAAAUGUUAACUUCACUGUGGAA